AUGCAACUUCAAAUGACAAGUUUUUACAAUGAAUUUAAAGAUCGGGAAUUUCUAGAUAGAACUAUUGUAACCUCUACCAGUCAUAAUAGACUCUUACUGGCAUCAUUCCAAGACCCAUAUCAAAAAUCAACGCUCUUUUAUGUGUUCAGGAUCUUAGAACAAAUCCCAGCUGGUCAUUGCUUCCUCAAGAAAAUAAAAACAGGUUGUGUAUCAAUCAUUUCAUCAUACUCAGAGACAAUGGAAUCGAUUUCACCAGAUGCCAUAGAAACUGGGCAUCACUUGCAAAGAACUUUUAGUCAGUAUGAUUCAUGA